CCUUCUUUAGGGGAGGGGGGGGAAGUAUUCUAAACUUAGCUACGACUCGAGAAAACUCGACUCGAAAUCAUUGCAAAACCACCAUCCUCUCGAAUCAGUUUCUUCAUAACCGUUUUGCCGUUUACCUCUCGUGUUUCUUUUAUCUACGAACGAUUGAGAUAGUGAAAACUUUUUCCAACUUCACUUUCAUAUCCAAUUGAUUCAUCUUUCGUAAAGAUACGGAAAAAAGAAAGAAAGAAAAAAAGGAAAAAAAAAAAAAAUACAAUUACGAUUAGAAAAAAGAAAAAAAAAUCGUGAAAGAAAAGAAACAGGAUUGAAUACUAACUGAAAGAAACUUCUUGGAGAAUGGCGUACAGCUGGGAUAAUCGAGUAGAUUUCAUUGUAAGAUUUCUUUACGACACGGAUAACAAUGGCAUAUUGGAAAAACAUGAUUUUGAAUGCAUGGCUCUUAAGAUGACUUUGAUCGAGGGAAAAGGAGAAUUUAGUUACAAUCGAUAUCAAGAGACUUUACAUAUCAUGCUUUCGUUGUGGGAAGAAAUCGCAGAGCUCGCCGAUUUCAACAAAGAUGACAUUGUAACCAUUGAAGAGUUCAAGGAAGCGGUACAGAGAAGUUGUGUCGGGCGAGAAUAUCAAGAUUUUCCACAAGCAAUGAAAAUGUUUAUCGAUAGUCAUUUUAAGAUAGUAGAUUUGAAUGACGACGGUGUAAUUGCUGCCGAUGAAUUUCGUUACAAUUGUGUAACAAGAAUUCCUGUGGAUAACGUAAAUAUUUUGGAUGAGGCUUAUCAAAAUCUUCUUAAUGACGAUGACCGGAGACGUGGAGGAUUAACUUUAUCUCGUUAUCAAGAACUUUAUGCUCAAUUUCUUGGUAACCCGGAUGAAAAUUGUCCAGCAGUUCAUUUGUUUGGUCCUCUACAUGCAAUGGGUUAACAUUGAUAUUGCGAUACAAUUCUUAUAUGCACAUAAAAAAGACAAUCCAGUUGUAUUUAAUACAUAUAAUUGUUAUUUAAUUUAUGUAAGAUGACUCGUAUAAUAAAUUCUCUAUUUUAUUGUAAGA